AUGGGGGCCUUCGUAUCUGUGGAGACAUGCGAGACUCAUUAUAAUGUUUUACCGAACUGCUCACUCCCUGAACAAGAGAAUGGAAACCAACAUAAAUAUGACUAUAUUGGUGAAUAUACUCGUGGUACCUUUGAGGCCGACCCAGACAUUGCUGGUAUAGGGAUCCUCGGUGUGUUUCUAGGCGUCACCUGCUUCGCCCUAUUUAUCAGUCUGUUAGACAUCUUCUGGCAAUCGGCGAAAUCUUUGGGCUGGAAGCAGACGCUACCGCGAGAACAACGGGUCGGUAAAACUAGCUUCACAGAUAUCUUGGAGACAGUGGUGUUGGCGUGCAGUGAUCAACAAGUGUUUACUGGCGCCGCCUACGCGCUGACUCUGCGAUACUGGAGGGGAUGUACCAUCUCCGCAUACCACUACAACGUUGUCGCCAACAUGAUGCUCCUGACCUGUGCAACACACCUAAUGUCGGUGACAAUUGUCCGGAACUACUGGAAGUACCCGUGGCUCGCUUUCCUGCGGGUGAUCUGCAUCUCCGGGGUCUUCCUCGUCACCGGCCUGCUCAUGGUCAACCAGAACGCAGCUGACGGCAAGAUCAAGUUCCCGACUGGCCUCCCGGCGGCCAACGAGACGGACAGCCUCCUUUUCCUGCCCGCAGCCUGCUUCCAGAGCUCAAAGUCGCCCUUCGUGGCCACGCUGCAGAACACGACGUCUAGCGCAAAUGCCUUCUUUCUGGGGACGCUGCAGGACUCGACACCUAGCAACUUCAUCCAGGGUUGGAACUGGUAUAUAGUUAUUCUUCUGUUCUACGGCGCAGCCAUCAUUGCAGAGUUCAUCAGGUUUUGUCGCCGGGGUCGGAGUAGGCCAGGGUGGCGGGGCCGACUCGGGGCUAGGAUCUCCCGCUUCAUGAAGCCCAAAUCAUGGCAACGGAAGACAGUCUCCUUCAUAUUUCUCAUAUACCUCCUAGGCGGUGCGGGAAUCAGUUGCACGGCGGUGAUCAAGAGCGGGUCCUAUAUAUUUGCUCUGCGGAGCUGGGUUGAUAAGUCUGGCUGGAUAGCACUGGAGAACGACGGCAACCCCGAGAACGAUGCGACAAGCUUCGGGCAACUGGUCCCGAUCUUUCUGAGUGCCCUGGUCCUCUUUACCUUUGCGCAGACCAUCAGUGAUAAAAUCACCGCACACGGAACUGCUAAACACAAGGGCGAGAAACCGCCUCCUCAGGAGGGCACUUUGGCGUACUUCGAUCCGAGCACCUAUAAUAUCAUGGAAUCGGGUGCGGGGGAAAUGAAAUACAACGGCCAUUCCAUCGCCACGCCCGGCACCAUCGACCUGGAGUCGGCACAGCCAUGGCCAGCCAACAAGCCAAUGACACACAUUACGGCGGAGUCGGGCAAGCCCUCGAGCAGCACCUCGAUCGAGCGGCCGGAGGCCCAACAUCAGAUAUCGGAGCCCAUGCUUGCCGGUAACGCGAUUGCCUCAGCCAUCGCGUUUGGCAUUGACCCGGUGGCCGCUCCAGCAACUCCCGGAACGCCACAGUGGGAUUCACCCCACAGCGCUCAACAUGGACAUCAGCCUUACGGAUAUACAAAGGUCACCGCCCCUGAGGAAUCCCACCCAGCUACCACGGAGACCUUGUCGGGCUCUCCACGUCCAGGACAAGACGGUGCUCUGCAACCGCCGAUGGAGCCCCCCACUCCACUCUCCGCCGGCGGCGGAUCGCCCCGGCCGCUCAGUGCCGUGUCGGCCCUCUCAGCGCAGAUGAUCCCACUUCCCGAGACGCCGGAGCCGAGACUAGAGGCGACGGAGCCACACCUAGUUCCGGGGGUGGCGAAAUGA